AAACAAACAAUCAAUGAUCCUUGCGUAAAUUUGUUGUAUAAACGAACUCCAAACUUCUGAAUAAAAGGAGGUGAUAUCUCUAUUGUAUACACAUUCAAACCACACACUAGCUUAGCAGUCUAGCCACUUAACUAGCAAGUAACUUACAGUACGAAGUAUGGAGGAGGUCCAGGAGGAGGAUGCAAAAACGAAAAACAAUGAGCAAAACAAUGAGCAGCAAACUGAGGGGGAGAGUAGUGAUUCACCGCCGCCACCAACAGAUUCACCAUCCCCCUCAUCAGUUACUGACCUGUGUGUUACUGAUGUACCUGAUGAGCAUUACUCAGAAGCAUAUUCUAAGGCAUACUUUGACGAUCUUUUUGGUCCAGCCUCCACGGGACUGUGGAAUUACAUUGGCCCGGGAGGGAUAUACGCCAACAAUGCCAGAAGUAGAGUCCCACCAGAUCAAAGCGGCAUGAGUGGGGAGACAAAGAUUUUGAUGCCUCGGAUUAGUGAAGGAGAUGAAUGGCCUACCAAUUUCACUACAUCAAUAUUUUAUGGAGCUCAGGAUGUGGUUGAUAUCGCCCCGUCUAAUCAUUCUAAGAUCAAAGAUGGAGAUGAAGAGACAAGUAUGAAAAACUAUGCUACAAGAGGAGGAGAUUGGUGGAAGGGUACAUUAUCUACUGACAUUAUUAUUCUUCUUGCUCCAAACAUUGGUCAAUGGACAAUGUUGAAUAAAUACCUUUUAGUUAAUAGGGUUUGUAAUUUCUUUGGUUUCUCUUUAGGAUCGUACAACUACUGACGAGACUAAAGGUUGAGGACAAGAUUUAAAGCUUAGGUUGGAGCUCCAUGCAAGUCUCAAAACAGCACCUCGUUUCCAUCUCUUCCUUUUCUCUAUCUUUUUUCAUUCCUCUUUGAAUAAGCUAAGUUGUAAGCUACUGUAAUCCUUGCAUUUACCCGUGUAUCUCACAUUAAUGGAUAUUGUUGUCAAGUUCCUCAAGAACAUUUACUUUGAAAUAGAGGACCUAAUUAGGGGGUAGGGUCUUUCAUGCUUCAUUCAAAGAAUAGUAUUUAAUUGCCACUGGAGUACCAAGAAGUACUACCUCCGUAUCACUUUAAGAACCCAGUAGAUGACGAGCAUUUUGUCA